GAAAAUUGGUAGAUGGGAUAUUCUAAAUUAAAAUAAAUAAAUGUAACUAUGAUAUAAGGAAUAUAAAGUGGAGGAGGUUUAUAUGAUUUGGAAGGAAAUUAGAAAAAGAUUGGAAAGUGGAUAGAAUAGGAUAAAUUUUUUAAAGCAAUUAAAUAAGUGACUUAUACUGGUGAAUAUAAUAUCAAUAGUAUGAAGGUAGGGAAAUGGGAUAUCAUGUUUACAAAAUCUAUUGAUUAACCAUAUCAAUAUAUGUAAAUAUUACAUGAGUAUAAGGAAUAUAGUGGUGGUGGAUCAUAUGAUUAACAAGGAUAUUAGAAAAAAAUUGGAAAGUGGAUAGAAUUGGAUAAUUUUUUUUCACUAAUUAAAUAAAUAACUUAUAAUGGUGAAUAUAAUAUCAAUGGUAUGAAGGUGGGUGGAUGGGAUAUGUGGUUUUAGAGACUUUUUGGAGAUAAAUAUGAACAUAUGUAAAUAUAUUAGAUAUAUUAAGAAUUUUUAAUAAACUGCGUGUGUACAUAUUUUAGUGGUGGUGGAUUUUAUGAUUAAGAGGGGAAUUAGAAAAAAAUUGGAAAGUGGGUCGAUUUAGAUGAAAAGUUUGAAACACUAAAUGAAAUCACUUAUAUUGGUGAAUAUAAUACCAAUGGUAUGAAGGUAUGUAGAUGGGAUAUUCUCAAUCGGAAUAAAUAAAUGUAAAUAUUCAAAAAAUAUAGGAUAGUGGAGGUGGAUCAUAUGAUUAAGAGGGAAAUUAGAAAAUGAUUGGCAAUUGGAUACAAUUGGAUAAAGAGUUUUAUCAUUUAAAAGAAGUCACUUAUAAUGGUGAAUAUAAUUUGAAUGGUAUAAAGAUAGGUAGAUGGGAUACUGUAUACUGCAAAUAUGAAGAGAAGGAAUAUAAAUUAAUGUAAGAAAUACAUGUAAGUGUUUUUAGUGGGGGAGGAUUUUAUGAUCAAUAAGGAAAUUAGAAAAAGAUUGGAAAGUGGCUAGAAUUGGAUGAAAGAUUUAAUUAUGAGAGAUAACUCAUUUAUCAGGGUGAAUAUAAUAUGAAUGGAGCGAAGGUAGGCAGAUGGGACAUUAUGUAUUUCAUCUACAGUUCGAUGGAAUAUAAAUAAAUGUAAAUAUGAUCUAAGUAUAAGGAAUAUUUUAGUGGAGGUGGAUCUUAUGAAUAAGAAGGAAAUGAAAAAAAGAUUGGAAAAUGGAUAGAGUUGGAUUAAUAUUUUAAUUCUAAUCAAUCAUUUUAUAAAGGUGAAUAUAAUAUGAAUGGAAUGAAGGUAGGUAGAUGGGAUAUUAUGUAUCGUAAAUUUGGAAGAGAAUAUAUCUAAAUGUAAAUAAAUAUCAGAAUAAGUAAUAUAGUGGAGGCGGAUUAUUUGAUUUAGAAGGAAAUAAGUUUGGAAAGUGGAUUGAGAUUACAUAAUCCUAUGAGGUCACACAGAAUGGUGAAUACAAUGCAAAUGGUAUGAAAGUAGGAACUUGGAUAGAGAUGGGAAUAAAUGAUGAUAAAAAACUAGGAGAAAUGAAAUAUGAUAAGU